AUGAGGGCAACUCCUGAGACUCCUCACAAGGCCCUUUCAGCCCUAGCCCAGCUGGAGAGUGGGCAGUGGAGCCUCAAGAGUCUCAACGCAUCUAUCAUCAAUUCUAAGUCUAAAAUCUUAUCAAAAUCAGAAUGUUAUUGUCUUAUGCUAGCAUUUGGAUUCACUGGGAUCCUUACUUUCAUGAUGACAGUGAUUGACCUGAACUUUCGGGGAAAUAAUUAUGUGUGCCAAAAUGACUGGCUGUUGAACCAAGGGAAAUGUUACAGGUUUUCAACUUCUAAAACUUGGAAUGAAAGUCAACAUGAUUGUGCAAAUCUAUAGGCACAUUUGCCGGUGAUUCAAAAUUCAAAAGAGCUGGAGUUUAUACAGAAGAGUUUAAAAUCUGGACAACCUGGUUGAAUCAGACUAUAUAUUACAUCCCUAGGAAAACAAUUGAUGUGGAUAAAUGAAUACCUUUUUGUGGAACAUAAAAGUGUGCCUUAUCUAGCUCCUAGUUUUUCAAUGAUUGGACCAGUUGAUAACAUGAGCUGUGCUGUCAUAACAAGAAACCAGCUGUAUUUUAAAUACUGUCACUCCAAAUUUAUUGGCAUUUGCCAGAGAGAUGCCGUCUGA